GAUCGCACUGGGAAGCGCUCCACCAUGCCCGACUCACCUGCGGACGUCAAGACACAGUCCAGGUUGACCCCCCCUACCAUGCCGCCCCCACCUAGCACGCAGGGAGCCCCGCGCAACAGCUCCUACACCCCCACCACAUUAACCAAUGGCAGCAGCCACUCCCCCACGGCGCUCAACGGUGCUCCCUCUCCUCCCAACGGCUACAGCAAUGGCCCUAGCUCCUCCUCCUCCUCAUCACUGGCCAAUCAGCAGCUGCCACCGGCCUGCGGCGCCCGGCAACUCAGCAAACUCAAACGCUUCCUCACCACGCUACAGCAGUUUGGCAACGACAUCUCGCCCGAAAUCGGCGAACGGGUCCGCACGCUAGUGCUGGGAUUAGUGAACUCCACGCUGACCAUCGAAGAAUUUCACUCCAAGCUCCAAGAAGCCACCAACUUCCCCCUGCGACUUGUCAUCCCCUUUCUGAAGGCCAACCUGCCACUCCUCCAGAGGGAGCUGCUCCACUGCGCGCGGCUAGCCAAGCAGAACCCUGCCCAGUACCUGGCCCAACAUGAACAGCUGCUCCUGGACACCAGCACCACCUCCCCGGUGGACUCCUCCGAGCUCCUGCUGGACGUCAAUGAGAACGGCAAGAGAAGAACGCCUGACAGAACCAAAGAGAACGGCUUUGAACGAGAUGGUUCCCUGCACCCAGACGUACACCCCAGCAAGCGGCCCUGCACCAUGAGCCCCGCUCAGCGUUUCAGCCCAUCCAACGGACUCUCCUACCAGCCCAACGGCCUGCCCCACCCUGCUCCACCUCCUCCGCAGCACUAUCGGCUUGAUGAUAUGGCCAUCGCCCAUCACUACCGCGACACGUACAGACACCCCGCCUCCAACCACCGCGAGAUUCGAGAGAGGGCCCGGCCCAUUGGUAUGCAUACAGGGACCAGGCAGGAGGAAGUGAUUGACCACAGACUGACAGACAGAGAAUGGGCGGAGGAGUGGAAGCACCUUGACCAUCUGCUGAACUGUAUUAUGGACAUGGUGGAGAAGACACGGCGCUCACUUACCGUGCUGCGGCGGUGCCAGGAGGCCGACCGGGAGGAGCUCAACUACUGGAUCCGACGAUACAGCGACGCCGAGGAGCUGAAGAAAGGCGCCACCAGCGGCCAGUCUCGGCAGCAGAGCCCAGCCGGGCAGGACAGCGCGACUACAGAAAUUCACAGGGAGCUGUUGCACAGGCCUGUGUCUUCAGGCUACGUUCCCGAAGAAAUCUGGAAGAAAGCUGAAGAGGCGGUGAAUGAGGUGAAGCGCCAGGCCAUGUCAGAGCUGCAGAAGGCUGUGUCGGAGGCAGAGCGCAAAGCCCACGAGAUGAUCAGCAGCGAGCGGGCCAAGAUGGAGCGCACGGUCGCGGAGGCCAAACGGCAGGCGGCGGAGGAUGCCCUCUCCGUCAUCAACCAGCAGGAAGACUCCAGUGAGAGCUGCUGGAACUGUGGCCGCAAGGCCAGUGAAACUUGCAGUGGCUGCAACACGGCACGCUACUGUGGCUCCUUCUGCCAGCACAAGGACUGGGAAAAGCAUCACCAUGUUUGCGGCCAGACUCUCCAGGCUCAGCAGCAGCAAGCCAGCCAGCAGCAGGGAGGUGGUCCAGGGCCUGAGACCCCCGCCCCCAUCAGCUCCUCUGCCUGCACCCCCAGCAGUGGGGCCGGCAGCCCGGCCGCUACUCCUCCCACUGCAACCCCUCGCUCAUCCACCCCCGGCACCCCUUCCUCCUCUGCCCUGGAUGGUACGCCACGUUAAGGAACUCAGCUGGAGGAUGGUGGCGAAGCCUGUCCCAUCCCCUAGGGCGUGGCACCAAGCCCUCUACCCGCCAAACAGCAUGACUGUCUAAAUUGCCUCGCAAAGAUGCUAAGCUAAUGUGGCUAAACGGAAAGAGGUGGCGAUGCUUCUGUCUAUCUUGCAGUGUUGUCAUAGCAGGACUAGGAGAAGGGCCAUAAUCGGGUCAUAUUGACUUGCCAUGAAUUUAAAGGAACACAAAGAUAUUCUUUGUUUUUAAUGAAUUAAUUAAUUAUCAGCGUACUUUUGUUGUUACUAUUGCUAUUCUCGUUGUCUAUUGCUUGUUGUUGUGGCUGUUGUUAUCGUUGUUGAUGUCAUUGUUACUUAUCUUCCUUUUUUCAUGUAAAUAUGAACAUAAGAAACUGAGCAGAGAUAGUCGUGAACUCAAGACAAGUAUAUCUGACCUCCCCUUUUGAUUUUUUUUUUCUUUGGUUUAUUUUUCUUUUUUUCUUCCUUGAAAAAGAUGAUUAUUAUUUUAUUCCUGUACCGGGGACAUGAAACUAGUUGACCUCAAGAAGACACUUUACCAAACAACAUACCAAGAGAACAUAACUAGCUAGUAGAGCAAUUCAACUCACCAAUAUCUUAUGUAAAGAAAGAUAUUAACAUUUAAAUAACGUGAAAGACAUAUAGACGGAUGGACGGACAGACGACAAGCAGGAGGGAUGGACAGGUGAGGGGGAUGGACUGAAUCUCUGGACUACAGACCCUCCAUGGAAUAGGCAGAUGUGCAGCAGAUUGUAAGGAAAGCCAGCUGUUCAUCUGAUGUUAUUUCCCUCUGACUUGUAAUAAUAUCCAGGUCAGUGGGCUGAGAAGUACAAAUGUCUUUCCCCCGAACAAUGUAAAAGGAGGACUUACUGGACAAGGUAAAAAAAAAAAAAACAAUUCGCCUAUCGCACAUGUGAUUGUGUAUAAGAGUACAGUUCACAUGUGGAUAUUCAGUGGGAUGUGGAUGCUCAUAAACAGGAAAUGAAGUCAUCACCCCACUAGUGAGACUGUCAGCCGAUGGGCCAUUUACACUUCAGAGCCCCCAGUACAGAAAACUCAGUCGGGAGCUCAAUCUCCUCCACUCACGUUCCAGUCCUGUCUCAACUCUCGCUCUGAAAAAACAUUUUCACCUUCCUUUGUCCUCUUUCUUCCCUUUUUUUCUGUAGAUGUCAUUGUGUUGAACACUUCUGUCCUGUGGUGUCACCAAUGGUUAUUUAUUGUGUAUGUAUUGAACAAUUGUGACGAUGCAUAGUACUUCAGCCAGUCACAACUUUACAUCCCCAAUCUCUCUCUCUCUCUCACUCUCUCUCUAGCUGGUGCAAAAAGAGAAAAAAAAAGAAGUGUUAUCUCUUUCUGAGCUGCUUUUCUAUUCUGUCAUGGUAGACCCCUCGUAGUUUUUUUUUUCUUUGUCCUUGAGAAAAGACAAGCUAUAUCUCAGAGCUGCUACUUGAGUCCGACCCAGAUCUUUUCUGAGAACUAGCAUGUUACGCGGAAUGCUAACCUAAAUGUUUUGUACAAGGGGCAUACAUAAAUGUAUUUGCACUGUCAGACGUUAUUUCAGCAUGCUUCUUUUCAGCAUACUUGUUUUGUCAAUAUAGAGCCAUACUUCAUAAGCCAAUUUUUGUAUGUAGUGAUAGCGUAUCCGUUCUGUGCAGGGUUUUAUUCUUUUUCUUCCCUUUUUUUUUUGUUUUGGGGGGGGGGGGUAAAGUUGGAAAAAUGUAAAAUCAUGAAGACCCACAUAUUGUUAACAUUUUUCUCUUCAACAUGCUAACAAUGGCCGUCAUAACUUUUCUUUGAAUAGUUACAGACAGUGCAUGCACAUUACUGAACGCUUGUUAAAUAUUUGUUGUUAUUUUUUAGGAAAAAAAAAAGACCAAAAGAAGGU